GGAGAGAACAAUUUCCUCUCCAAAAAGGUGGACGCGCUUUUCCCUGAAGAAGAAGUAGUAGAAGAAGAAAGCAGCUGAGAACCAGGUGGAGUCAGAGUAGGUGAAGCUCCAGGAGAAGCCAGACAAAGUCAAACUGGAUCUUACAGGGACGAAGAAGGAGGCGUCGGAGUCGCAGGGGAAGUGGGAAAAAGGGAGCCCAGAAGAGCAGGAAGAAGAGCGCACUCCCACCCCCUCAUUACCAAGCAGCUCCCAUAUGACCAUGACCCCCGGGGAGCAGCUUCCCUCAGCCCAGCUCCAAGCCCUGCUGAUGAGAGCCGUGAAGGGUCUGACGACACCCACCCUGGAGCGAUUUCAAGCCGCCGAGGAAGAGCUGAGGACCAUCGUGUCUCUACACGGAGACAAGAUGGAGAGAGUUGGAGACGUCGUGGGACGCAUCUUAAUCUGGCUGGACAACGUCUGUCAUCCCAGAGCCAGAAAAGCAGCGCUGAGGGCCACGGCCUUGCUGGCUCGUUCCCACCCCCAGGACGUGGUUCUGAGCUGUGUGGCGCACACGCUGUCCUCGGACAGAUGUGCCAUUGAGCUGUGGAAGGCCUUGGGGGAAGAACCACAGCUCCCCAGGGAGGUGCUGUAGCAGCUGCUGGACAAG